GUUGUAAUCAAAUCAAGCCUCAUUCGUGUUUUUAAAAGAGGACUUUUAUUCUGAUAAAUUGUAUAACCGGAAAUAGUUCCAGUUUCCCAGCGCAACCAAGAAGAAAGUAUUAAAGCCGAAACACUAAUAGAAUCUCAGUAAGAAUAUACCAAGGUUAUCUAGACUGUCAAAUAACAAAAGAAGAAGAAUCUCAGUAAGAGACCCUGCGGAUAAUGGACGUGAAUGUCUUUAAAGAGCAGGUCGCCUCGCUGAGGGCGGCGGUGGAUGCUGUGCUAUGCGACUUUGCAGAGUUUGUAAACAAGCGGUUCACACACUUGCAGCUUGAAAUUACUGGCAAAGAUAAAGAGAUCGAAUAUCUGAGACAGUGCCUGAAAAUCUACAAUAAGGAGAGGGGUUACGAGCAGUCGAUCUCGAGCCCUGCGUGCAGAGGCAUCAAGUUAGUGAAUGGCGAGUUAACAUCUGUAAAGGAGGGGAGCAUCAAUGCCCUGUCUGUACGGACUUUGAAGGAUACCGAAUCCGAUUGCUUACCAUCGGUGAAAAAGAGAAAAGCAGAACAGACGAAAAAGAUUCCGCUGCAAAACGAGCCGGGACUGGCGGCUUGUAAGAAAGAGGACGAGGGGACACCGGUGCCCGUCUUGGGACGAGAUGCAGCCGCAGGAGAUACUGAAGUUACAGCUCUCCUUGAAACUGAAAGAUCAAAUUCCAAGGACAUUUUCUACCCAAAAUGCAGCAUCCCAGGAGAAAGGAGUUUAGAACAAGAGCUUAAGGGACAGAGAGGUGUCCGGGUGCAUAUAAGCCACGCUUCUGAAGGCAGUACAAAGUCGAGCCACUGGCAAAUUAAUAACAAACACCAGCAAAGUGACUUUGAUAAGGUGAAAGCCCAUUCACAGAAGUCUGGUCCAAUCAAACAGGAGAGUUAUGGAGCUGACUGUGCAGUUUCACACUUUAUUUCACAGACCUCUAAUUCUGCUUGUGCUCCUGAACACUACUCCACCCGUGAUCAAGGAACAGAAGCUGUGUCUUUCGUUGAAACUGAAGAAUCAAACUCAGAGGAGACUUUCAGCCAGGAAUUUAACAUUGCAGUAAAGAGAAGCAUAGAGAAUGAACAUUUUAAGAAAACGAGUGAUGUCUUUGUGCAGGUCAGCCACUCUUCAGAAGAGAAUGUGAAGUCUGGUGAUCUGCAAAGUGAUGACGCACACCGAGAAUGUGAUCCUAAUAACUUGGAAGCCUAUGAUUACAGAUCUGGUCAAAUCAAAGAGGAGAGUUAUGGAAAUGAUGGCAUGGUUUUAACCUUUAUGCCACAGACUGCUAAAUUUGUGUGCACCCCUGAGCACUUCUCUGCUAAUGAUCCAGGUAAACAUAUUAUGUCAGGGUCCUUACACAGAAGUCUGCCUUUCAUGGAAAACGAACAAAUGCAUUGCAUGGAAGGUGUAGAUACAGUCCAUUUAGAUGAGCAAUUUGGAAACUGGCUUAACAAUCAUAAAAAGCAACUGUGUGGAUUUGGAAAUAGGAAUUUAACAGAGAAAUCAGAUGCUAGAACUCACAUGGGAAAAAAGAACUUUCAGUGUUCUGAGUGCGGAAAAAAGUGCAAAACGUCAGGCACACUGAAGAACCACCAGAGAAUCCACACAGGUGAGAAGCCAUUUGUUUGUGGCCAGUGUAACAGUGCAUUUAACCAACUGAGCCACCUCAAACAACACCAGAGGAUCCACACUGGGGAAAGGCCAUACAGCUGCACGGUGUGCAAAAGUUCAUUCAAUCGGUUGUCACACCUAAAAGCGCACCAACGUAUCCACACAGGGGAAAGACCGUACAACUGCUCUGAAUGCGGAAAGGCCUUCAGACAACUGAACAUACUCCAGAGUCACCAACGAAUUCACACAGGAGAGAAGCCAUACAGCUGCCCCCAUUGCAGCAGCACCUUCAAACAGCUGUCUAAUCUGAAGCGGCAUAUGCAGGUCCAUUCUGGAAGGAAACCAUAUGCCUGUGAAACAUGUGGCAAACCCUUCAGUCAGUUGUCUGUACUUCAAAGACACUAUCAGAUUCAUUUAGAAAACCCCAUUUAAUGCAAAGUCAAGUCAAGUCAAGUUGGGGAUCAUGCGCAGGUACAGUGCAUUGCCGCACCCACUACACGACGAAACAUCUCAGGAUCCAGGUUGGCAACCCCCCAGGCAGACACACGCUCCAGUGCCACCCUCUGGAAAUGACCCUCUAUCUGCCGCAGCCAAGUGUUACAUGGGCAAACCCUUGGCCUGGUCCAGCCACUCGGUUCCCCAACAAUGAGGAUCUUACAAGAUGGAUCACCCUCUGGGAAACACACCACAUGGCCGUAGUGCUGUAACUGACACUCCCUCACAGUGCAGGUAAUGUGCCUCAUUUGGGAUUCCAUGAGCAACCACACAUUCGAGACAAAGUCAAACCAACGGUACCCAAGAAUUUUCCGGAGAGACACAGUACCAAAGGAGUCCAGCCUUCGUCUCAGAUCACUGGAUAGCGUCCAUCUCUCACAACCAUAUAGUAAGACCGGAAACACCAGGACUCUAAAGACUUGGACCUUCGUCCUUUUGCAUAGAUAUCUGGAGCGCCACACACCCCUUUCCAGCAACCUCAUGACCCCCAAAGAGUUGGUUUAAACAACUAAACAUAACUGAACUUCAGAAAAUCUUGAUGAUUUGAGACAAGAUAUCACUGAAAGGUGUGCCUUCUACUGAUAUGUUUUGUCUGUCUCAGGUGCCUGAUUUCUGUUUUCCUUAGUACUUAUUUGUCAGUAAUACAUAUGUGUUUUUCUUA